CGUAAAAAUAAUGAUAAAUUUAGUGACUCUACAUUUUAAGGUUAGUUGGUAAUAUACUUCACUUCCAACCAUAUACCGUAUACCAGCACUGGCGUUAAAUAACCCAUUCUGUAUGGAAACGAAUCGUUUUUUGUAAAACAUUUCAUCAUUAUUAUAUUAUAUCUCAGAAGAGGUGUUACGAUUAGCACUUUACUCUUUAUCUUUUGGCUUCAUUCAGAGAAGAUAUCCAUCUCAAAGAUGCGUUAUCAUAUUCUAGCAUAAAUUAGCUACGUUGCUAAUUGGUUUUAGAAUAUCAUUUCAACUGUAUUUAUUAACGCUUAUUAUUUUUUUAUUCCAGAUUCACAUACUAUCAUGUGCAAUCACAUCCAUCCUUUGUACAAUAGACGGAGUAAGUUACAUAUCCGCCAGCCCUGGGACGCCAAAAGGCUACAUAACAUCUGUGGACGGUUCACAACGCAGGAAAGACGACCCGUGCAACUCGCUGUACUGGUAUCCUAAGCAUGUGCCGGACUAUUGCUACAACCGGACUGAAGCCCCGACCACUACCACCGAACCCCCUCCGCCUCCGCCGCCUAUGCCAGCACCUAUGCCAGCAUAUAUGCCGUACCCAGUGCCUUCGGUGAUGGUUCCAGCGCCACCACCGCUAGUUCUGCCGAUGCCGGCACCCCCGCCCCAGUACAUGAUGGCCCCACCCGCGCCCCCGCCUCAGUACAUGAUGGCCCCACCCGCGCCCCCGCCUCAGUACAUGAUGGCCCCAUCCGCACCCAUCGGGAUUCCCCUGCCCUUCAACCACUUCCUCCCCCCUCCAAUGUUCCAGCGCACCGCUGGGCUGGUCCCAGGAAUCCCAGGCCUGGUCUCCAAUGAUGGCGGCAUAAACAUUUUACCGUUCUCCGACAUUUAUUCGGAUAUGAUGGAGAGACACAAACAGAAAGUCAUCAGCUCCAAACUAAAAGACUUGAUGGAUGAGUAUGAGGACUUCGGACGUUCCAAGUACAGGAGUAAACUCAGACAUGGCACUUAUUUGAAAGGUUGAUUGAAUAAACUAGAGAGCAAUCAAUCAAUGGAAUCAUAAGAUAUACUUUCGAUUGUUUUUAUACCUGCCUUUUUAAAAAUAAUAAAUAAUACAAAGUUAUUUUAACUAAGAUUUUUAUUAAUAAUAAACCACUUAAAUGUAUAAGUAAAUAGGUACUUAAUUAGAUGAUUGUAAAUUUUAAAACAUUGUAGAUGAUUCGGAUAUUGUUCACAGACAGACUGUUGUCUCUACAUUUUAUUGAGGACGAG